UGGCAUGGGCUGUAGAAGUCAGAGAUUAAAGGGUCAAAGCACAUGGGGCAUACGGGUAGGCGUCAAAGGGUGUUAGGCACUCGGGGCUGGGUGGACAGGAAACAUUUUAUUUAAUGAAUAUGCAAAUUAAAUGUUGCUGGUUUGCCAAAGGUUAGUGAAUGGGUUUGCUGGUCUAUGGCAUAAAAAAGGUUGGUAACCACUUUUGUAAAAGAUUCUAAAAAUGUACAGUCAGACUAAAACCAAAUUGCAUUCCACUUGGUCGUACUGCAGUUUCUGUUGGGUAGCUCAUAUCAAGAUAUAAGGGUAGAAAAGUGCUUAGCACAAAGUAACUUAACUACUGUAUUCUGUUGAACAGAUGCUUUCUGUUGUACCCAAAUACAUGGAUAUAGCCACUAUUUCAGAGGGACCGGAAAGCAGAGGGAUGUAAGGUGGGGUAGGAGAAAUGGAAAAUAGACAUUGGGAGGUGGCAGGUAAGCAACCAUUCCUUGUCAGUGGAGGUAAUGACUUCAGGAAUGUCUGACCUUUUGUAGGAAGGUAACAUUUUUGGCCCUGGUCAUGUACCCAGUGAUUCAUUGCCAUGUGUCUUUUUACUAGGAACUUUGUUCUUAAAUGUGCACAUUGUCUGCUUGAUUGUGUACACAGUGUCGUCAAAAUCCAAUUUUUAAAAGCCUAUUUUCCUCAUUCCUGAAGCCUCUUAACUUGGUGGACUUGUUGGAGUGCAUUUCACACAUACUUAGUGGCAAGCUUGAUGGAAACGCCUAGUUCAGUCACAGCUAGAGGGGCAGAAAGCAGGUAGGGCAAUCAUGUGCACUCCCUGCAUUCUCCAGCAAAGUACAUACGUCCAUGCUGGGAAAGGAUCAGACUCCUCUGUAUACUGCAGCAUGACUCUUCAGUGUGUCCAGAGUCUCCCAGGGUGUCUCAAUUGAAGGCAGUAAAAAUAAGGCACUGUUAGUCACUGAAGAUGGAAGCAGAAAGGAAAAACGCUCCAAUACUGAGUAAAAGCAAACCGCCUGUGAAAACAGAGUGGGGGUCUCAGAGUGUUGUGUUCACUUACUUUCAAGGGGACAUGAACAGUGUGAUAGAUGAGCACUUUUCUAGAGCGUUAAGCAAUGCCAAGAACCCGCAAGAUCUGAGCACAAAGCACAAGAGUGAGGAUGUUAACCUGAAGAAUGAUGGCCACAUGUCUCCGCAUCAGUGGAAUUUCUCUUCUCACUGGAUCAAGUCUUAUCAAUCAUCUCCUGCUACAAACACAUCACAUUCUGAUCUGCAUUUGUUGGCUGCUGCCAAUGAUCUCCAACAGGCAUCCGUUCUGCGACAUUGUCCUAUUCAGCCUGCAGAUUUGUGGCCCUUCCCUUCGAUAAAUCAUCCAAGUCUUAUUGGUUCAGGAGAUUCUCGCUCCUUACCUGACCCUCACAUGGUUCAGGGACCGAUGUCUGAUGGGAAAUACGGUUCUCUUCUGGAUCUUCUGCAACAGGACAGGUGCCCAGCAUCUAACCAGGAAUCUAUCGUGAAACAAAGUUCUAGCUCAGCCUGUUUUACUGGACCAGCUAGGUCACAAAAUGAGUGUCAAAGUUCAACUCCCAGGGGAGGUAUCCAGCCUCACGACAGAAGACAAGACUUAUACUUUUAGCCAAUGGACGGUUCUGCUUUAUUCCUGGAGAGCUCUGUGAACUUUUCUAAUGUGCAGUUGUGAAGCAGGAGGAAAUAGACCAGAGCCAUUCAGUGUGUUGGCAGCAGCCAGUUGCAUGACUACACAUAAUAGGCCAUCUUGUAAAUAAGAAUGGUUCACUUCUAAGUAAAGAACUGCCAGCCUCUGGGACCCUAUAUAAUAGUUAAACACAUUUCAUUUGUACAAGGGAAACAAGUGAAGUCUUCCCCUUGGGCUCUCUAAGGACUCCUACCACUUUUAAAUCCCCCACACUCAUUUGUUUAUCAUUCUUUGGGAAGAAUUACCAUUAGGGGAAGCAUGCAGUGCUACAAGCUUUCAUGUCCUCACAAGGGCAAGUCAGUUCCCUGCCUUGGCAGCUGGAUUUGAAGUUGUUUAAAAUAGUUCCCAGGGAGUCUGUUCACAAGGGGUUAAACAUGAGGAACCAACCACCAUGACCAAGUUCAUUUCUUUCUCUUCCCCUCCCCCCUUUGCCUUGAGAGAUUUGGAAAAGUGAAGGAUCGGAUACUUGAAUUCAUACUUUCAGUUCCCAUUGACAUCCAGAGUCACUGGGGGUGGGGGGGGAAAUCACAUACAGUGUCAAGUCCCCUUCCCCCAAAUUUACUGCCUAGUUUGUAUUGAGCAAGAACACAGACUGAACAUGCUCAGUAACCCCACUGAAGCCAACUGCCCUCACUCUGCCCCCCCCUCCUAUCAAUAGGGACAGGCCAUUGCUGAGCCUAUAUAUGUCCCUUAGGGAUUCAUUCUGUUCUCAGAUAUGCACGUGUGGCUCCUGUGGACUUCAGGGAAGUAGCAUUGGUGAAUCUAGUAGGGAAUGUGAGUUUUAUUGGGUGAGAUGGAAGUGCCCCGUAGCAACAGAAGUUAGAGCUGGGGGUGGCCCCUUAAGUCAAUGUCUCAGUGCUCCUGCUGGUACUGACUUUUACCCUCCUGAGCUUUAUGUGAUUUAAUGUUAAAGCAACUUAAGUAAUGUGACUUCUGAGUAAUCACUGCAGGUCCGAUGGCAACACGAGGCAAUCUGCUGACCUAGGAGGAAUCUUUUCUCAAGCAUGAAUUCUCCCCUCCCCCAGCCUACCACCCCACUCCCAUGUGCUGCCUGUUGGUAUGACACACUUCACUCUGAACUUUCAUACGGAUUGGCUUUAGCGUGCAACUCGGGUGUGAUUAUCACAUGGAAAAAUCUCACUGGAUCAGUAUACAACUUCAUCUAGGUAAUGUGACAGGGUCAGGCGAGAUGUGGCAGGAGAGUAAUCGAAGGCAAGUGCAUUAGCCCCAGAUUAAAUAGGUCUCCUUUCCCCGGGUAAGGUAAAAAGGGCUAAUCCAGAACAGUCAGGAACUUGCCAGAAUCAAUUAAGGCAGACAGGUCAAUUGAGACAAUCAAUUAGUACAGAAAGGUUAAUUAAAAGACCUGGAGUCAAUUAGGACACUUCCAGAAUCAAGGAAGACAGACUAAUCAAGACACCUGGAGCCAGUGAAGAACCAGCCCAUACUGGUUAAAAAAGCUCCCCUUCUGUAAGCUGACUGCAUGUAAGGAGCUGGUUAGGGAAGGUCAAGUGCUAGCAGGUACCUAGAAGAAGAGCCUGUGGUAAGGAAGAUGCUAGGGAGUUGCUGUGGAAAAAUGGCCCAGGGAGUUGUAGCUGUCAUGCAACUUGUGCUGGGGGCAUUGCAGGAUCCCUGAGCUGGAACCUAGAGU